AUGUCUACCGGCCUACGCAUAUUAGUACCCGUCAAGCGGGUGAUCGACUACGCGAUCAAGCCCCGCAUCAACAAAGCCCAAACAGGCGUCGAAACCAACGGCGUCAAGCACUCCUUGAACCCAUUCGAUGAGCUCUCAAUCGAAGAAGCCGUCCGCCUCCGCGAACGCAAAGGCCCUCUAAAUGUCGAGAACAUUCUCGCCCUCUCCGCCGGCGGUCCCAAGACCCCCGACGUUCUCCGCACAGCAAUGGCCAUGGGCGCCGACCGCGCAUUCCACAUCGACGUCCCAGAAUCCGGCGACGGCGGCCCCGAGCCACUCACAAUCGCUAAGCUUCUGCGCAGCGUCGUCGAGAAGGAGAACAUCAACCUCGUGCUACUGGGUAAGCAGGCGAUUGACGGAGACCAGGGCCAGACGGGACAGAUGCUCGCUGGACUGCUCGGGUGGCCGCAGGCGAACCAGGCCAGCAAGAUCGAGAUUAAGGAUGAGAGUGGUACAAUUGAGGUGACACAUGAGGUUGAUGGUGGUGUGGAGACUCUGCGGGCGAAGUUACCCAUGGUCAUUACUACUGAUUUGCGGUUGAAUGAGCCUCGGUACGCUAGCUUGCCGAAUAUUAUGAAGGCGAAGAAGAAGCCGUUGGAGAAGAAGACUUUGGCCGAUUUUGGUGUUGAGGAUACUCGGCGGUUGAAGACUCUUAACGUUACCGAGCCUCCGCCACGCCAGGGUGGUGGCAAGGUUGAGGACGUUGAUGGUCUUGUUUCUAAGCUGAAGGAGCUGGGUGCGCUCUAA